AUGGCCAGUUUUAAUAACCAAUCGAUUUACGAAAGUUAUACAUCCAAUAUUUCAUCUGAUCAGGCGUAUAGUAUGGACUCUAAUCAUGCAGACAGUCUUCAUUGGGAUCAGACGUACAGUACGGACCCGAAUUCCGCAAACAGUCGUCCAUGGGAUCACACAAUUAAUAGUGACCCUAAUGCCGUUUAUUCCUAUCCGCUCGGUCAACAACCUUCCAAUCAAGUUUUUUCUUCUUUCACUGGCUCUCUUGACAGCAAUAAUGUCUACGCGGAUGUAAAUGUACAGUUGAAUACCACGCCUUACGGAUAUGUUGAACAAAAUGAAGAUCAAAUUAUCAAUCCUAAUCCAAUCUCUCCGACAGAUUAUAAUUUGACCGAUUACAAUUCACCCGCCAUUCAUUAUCCUCUUCCUCAAACAUUGAUUCAAACACCACCUACUUCUACCCUUGCCAACAAUACUGGCAUAAUGACAAACGCUACGAGUCAUCACGGAUGUGUGAUAAUUAUUAUGAAAGCAGACAUCAAUCUGGAAAAGCUAUUGUCCAUUAUUCAAUAA